UCUCGUGCACUUUCUGCUUCCCGCAUCUUUCCAGGACUUCGGAGGAGGAUCCUGAGGCUCGAAAUUUCCGCGAUGAACUCUUCGACAAUGCUGAGAACCUGCGGACUGAUCGCGUUCGUCGCGAUCGUGUUCCUGGCGUGUUCUGCUGAUGCCGAGCCGGCUGGAGGACUUCAAGAUAUCAGAGCUUUCUACGGCUUCCAAGCGCCGAAAGACGAGCGCAUGAACAACAUCAUCGAAGCUCUCAUUCAAGGCGGACUUGGCCGUGGAAGGAACUCGUACGCUGAACCAAUGGCUCCAUCCAAACGUCAACUUCGCUAUCACCAGUGCUACUUCAACCCAGUGUCGUGCUUCAAACGGAAGUAAAAUCCGAGCUCGUAGACCCGGACUGUCAGAACCGACCUCGUUGUUAUCCUGUCGCCGUAAUCCUUUCAACGCACAGGGGAGCUAUUCUAAAUCGUCUCUCUGUCUCGCUCACAAGUUAUCACUGACCGACUGAUUGUCACGUGUCCCUCGCCGAGCAGUCGAAUUGCAAGGAGCUAGAACCGCCAGAAAAAUCCUGAGCAUUCGCUUGAAACGCUACGAUCGAGUCAUUCAUAAAUGAAAGCGAGCGGGGGGUCGGUGCGAGAGAGAUAGAGAGAGAAAGGAGGAAGGAGAGGG